AUGGAAACACCUCAAAUAACAAAUAAAAAAUAUUAUAUCAAUAGAAUAUGUUUUGGAUGUGGUAAUGAUCAAUGCAAUAAUAAAUAUUGUAAAUCAUCUUCAUCAUUUGUUUCUCCUUUGAAUAUUGAAGAGGAAGCACAACAGUUAGAAAUAAAUAAAACACCUUUAUGUACAUUACGUUGUUCAUUGCAACGAUUUCUAUCAUUAAAAGAAGAACAAACAAGUGAUAGAUUAGAAACAUUAUUAUAUGAACUUUAUUCAACACCAGAAAGUAUUGUAGAAUCAUUUGUUGAAGAAGGAGUAUUUGAUGUAGUUAAAGGGUGGGAAUUAAUUGAUUAUAUUUUAAAAUUCCAACCAUCAUUAUAUCAAAGUGUAUUAAAUGCACACCUUAAAAUAUUAGAGAUUGUUAAAAUAAAACCAAUUAAUAUUCAAAGUAUUAUUGUUACAUUAGCAAGUCCAAUUUUUGCAGAAAAUGAUGAAAUGGGAGAAUUUUGUUCAAUAAUACAAAAAUUGUCAUCAUUUAUAGUAGAACUUCAAGUAUUUUUAAGGAAAAUGACACCAAAACAAUUUUUAUGUGUAUUAGGAAAUAUUGAACAAUUUAUUAGUUUAAGAGUAAUAUUAAAGAAAAAUACUGUACAUGAUGAAGACAUUUUAUUUAAAGUAUUAACUUUAUUAAAAACAUUUUAUUCUAUAAAUGAUGAUAAACGAUUUGUCGAUGAAAAUAAAUUUUAUAAUGAAAUACUUGCAACACAAAGACAAUUUCCACGAGAUAUUCAAUACUUUUAUUCAAAUAAAAAUACAUCAUUAUUAUAUUUUCCUUUUAUUAUUCCAGUAGAUUAUAAAAUGAAAUUUUUACAUAAAGAAGCUAAACAAGAAAGAGGACAAUCUACUGUACAAGCUUUUACAGAGUCAAUUACUCGUGGUGAAGAACAAAAAUUAAAUUUAAAUAUUCAAGUUAGAAGAGAUCAUGUAUUAGAAGAUUCAUUAAAUCAAUUAGUUGAAGCAAAUAUUGUUGAUUUAAAAAAACCAUUAAAAGUAAAAUUUAUUGGAGAAGAAGGAUUAGAUCAUGGAGGAGUUAGUAAAGAAUGGUUCCAAUUAGUAACAAGAGAAAUAUUUAGUCCAAAUAAUACAAUGUUUGUUUAUAAUGAUAAAACAAGAAUAUGUUGGUUUAAUGCAGGUUCACAACAAUUAAAUGAUUAUAAAUUAAUUGGAACAUUAUUUGGACUUGCUAUUUAUAAUGGAAUAAUAUUAGAUGCUAAAUUACCAAUUGUAGUAUAUAAAAAAAUACUUGGAAUAAAUCUUCAAAUGAAAGACUUAGAAGAAAUUCAACCAGAAAUGCUUCAUAGUCUUGAAUUUAUAUUAAAAUAUGAAGGAGAUGAUAUGGAAGAAACAAUGGGAUUAACAUUUCAACAUACACAAGAAAUUAAUGGAGAAGUAAAAGUAAUAGAUUUAAAACCAAAUGGUGGUUCUAUUCCAGUAACAAAAGAAAAUAAAAAAGAAUUUGUUCAAUUAUUAACAGAUUAUAUAUUAAAUACUUCUAUUGAAAAACAAUUUAAUGCAUUUAUUUCAGGAUUUAAAUUAGUCUUUAAUAGUAGAUUAUUAACAAUAUUUUCUCCACAUGAAUUAGAAUUAUUAAUUGCUGGAAGUGAUACAUUUGAUUUUCAUGAAUUAGAAAAUGCAACACGUUAUGCUAAUGGAUAUACAAAAGACACUCCUGUUGUUAAAUGGUUAUGGGAAAUUCUUCAUUCAUAUUCAAUAGAAUUAAAGAAAAAAUUCUUAUUCUUUUCUACUGGAAGUGAUAGAUGUCCACCAGGAGGAUUAGGAAGAUUACAGUUUAUUAUAGCAAAGCAUGGAGAUGCGUCACGGUUACCAACUUCUAGUACAUGUAAUAAUUUAUUCUUAAUGCCACCAUAUGAAACAAAAGAAGAAUUAGAAAAGAAAUUAACGUUUGCAUUAAACAAUACAAAUGGAUUUGGUUUAAUUUAA